AUGACCACAAUCGUCCCAUUCCCGCGGCCAUGUGCAAGACUCUCCGCUCCUCCCGCAUAAGGGGAGGAGCGCCUUUGGGAUAUAAGCUCCUGCAUCGCCCCAUCGUUCCCUCACACAGAUGCUCCUGUCCGUCUCUCCAUCAUAGUUGUCUGUUUUGGCCUGCGCUGCUUUGCGCUUCAGUUUUCUGUUACUUCGUCUGGUCCACUACCCUCGCGAUGCGCUUCUCACUACUCCCCGCCGCUGUCGGGGCUCUCCUCCUCCCGGCCUCCAUGGCCCAGUUUGUGGGCGGACCUGACGGAAACACAACAACCGCUCCCGCCGCGAGCCCCGACAAGGACGGCAAAUACUGGAUCUCCAGCAAUCAUAUUAAAGCCGCCUUCAUUCCCUACGGCGCUUCCAUCUCGGAUCUAAUCAUUCAAGAUCAGUACGGUAUCCCCCGUGACAUCGUCGCCGGCUUCGACAACGCCAGCUAUUACAGCAUUGACCGUCAGCACCCUCACUUCGGCGGUGUGCCGGGCCGCUAUGCAAACCGCAUCAAGAACGGCACCUUUGAGAUUGACGGCGAGACAUACAAGGUUGACCUCAACGACAACAAUGGCCUCAACACGCUCCACGGCGGCUCUGACGGCUGGGACUACCGCAACUUUACCGUUGUGUCACACACCAACAACAGCAUCACUUUCUCCUUCACCGACCCAGACGGAAAGGAGGGCUUCCCCGGUGAAGUUGUGGCGCUCAUCACCUACACUAUUGUCGACUGGAACUGGGAGAUCAAGAUGAUUGCUACCGCGACCACCAAGAAGACGCCCAUCAUGCUGAGCAGUCACACGUACUGGAACCUCGACGGCUUUGCCAACAAUGAGACCAGCACGGCUCUUAACCACACUCUGCACAUGCCCUACAACGGCCAGAGAGUGGCCGUUGACAACAUCCUGAUCCCCACCGGCGAAAUCCUUCCUAACCCCAAGGGCUCCGUGAACGACUUCUGGAGUGCCCCGAAACAGAUCGGCGCCGACUUCUCUAAGCCCGAGCUUGAGAAUAACUGUGGCCUAAACUGCACUGGCUAUGAUAACUGCUGGAUUGUGAACCGCGACGACCUUGGCCCCUACAACUGGCGCACUGAAGGAUACAUCGCCCGACUGCAGUCUGCCUGGUCUGGCAUCCAGGUCGACGUUUAUUCCGACCAAGAUGCAUUUCAAAUGUACAGCUGCAGCCAGCAGAAUGGCUCUGUAGCUCUCAAGAAGUCGCAAGGCCUCUUCGACAACGCCGACCACCCCCGCAUCAUCCCCAAGUACGGCUGCGUCGUCCUUGAAGUCCAGGACUGGAUCGAUGGAAUCAAUAACCCCGCAUGGGGCCGUGGCAAGAAGCAGAUUUUCGAGCCCGGCGGUGACCCGUACGUUCUUCAGGCCAGCUACCGCUUCAGCAUCAACUCCACCUCUUCUGAUGUGUAGAGCGGCUAUGGAUGAUGAUGUGGUGUUGGUGUUCAGAGAAGCGAAAAUGACUUUGGAAAAGUGUUCAUUUUAGCCCAACGUAUCGACGACACCAAGAGAACGAUACGUGUUUAUUACAAAACGGGGGUCACCCGUUAGACUUAAUGAACUUGUAAUACCAAUGCGUUGACGUAUACAAACCCGCGAUGUCUGACCUGCAAACAAGAAUCACUCCACAUUCAGAAGAGAAAGUAAAAAUAGGAAAUAGAAGAGUGGCUUCUUUUCGAUUGUCUGGGUUGUAAGUCAAGUGAUCGAAUAGGUUAGCGUAUGAUACACCCUCUUCUCGAACACAGGUGCGGUGAGGAAAUCGUGGAUGAGGCAGUAGUCACCAUCUGUAUCUCGACAUCUUGGCUUUCAAGUUAGUGCGAUAAGUCCCCAUUCGAAUUCUCGAUGUUUCCAUUCUCCAAUCAUUACUGAGUUCUUAAUUCUUGACCGACCGUCGAAAACUUGGUAGUGUUUAGG